AUGUCUCAUUCUCAUCAACCCCACGGCCACGGCAACGGGGUCAAGCACGACGACAAUGAUGAUGAUCACAGCCUCAAGGAGAAGAUCAAGCAUCCCUUCCACGAGCUCAAGGAGAAGCUCGAGGGCACCCACCUCCACAGCCUCAAGGUCGGCCUGAUCCACAAGAAGCAUCAGAUUGGGAAAUUCGCAAACUUGUUCAACCCCCAGCACCGUCAUGACGAGGAGCAUGAGAAGGCCUGUGAUGAGAAGCGCACAAAAAUAUGCGAGUCUCACCGUUUCAAGUCCUUCUUCCCCGAGCGGGACGGCAACCUGAUCAAGUGGUAUGUGGACGGCCGUGACUAUUUCUGGGCCGUAUCAGAGGCCCUAGAAAAGGCCAAAGAGGUCAUCUAUAUCGAGGACUGGCUGGACCAGAUCCUCAAGCGCCGUGCCGAGGCCGGUGUCCAGAUCUAUAUCGUCGUCUAUCGCGAGGUCGAGGCCGCCAUCACCUGCAACUCGGCCCACACCAAGCAUGCCCUGCAGGCCCUAUGUCCCGAGGGCUCUCCCGGCUACGGCAACAUCAGGAUCAUGCGUCACCCGGAUCACAAUGUCUUCGAGAACGCCGCCGACAUGACCUUCUACUGGGCGCACCACGAGAAGUUCCUCGUCAUCGACUACGAGAUGGCUUUCAUCGGUGGUCUGGACCUGUGCUUUGGCCGCUGGGACAACCAUCAGCACCAGCUAUCCGAUCUGCACCCCGAGGGCAUCCAGCACGAGGUGUGGCCCGGCCAGGAUUUCAACAACAACCGCGUCAUGGACUUCAAGAACGUCGACGACUGGAAACAGAACGAGGUCAGCAAGGCCGAAUACGGCCGCAUGCCGUGGCACGACGUCGCCAUGGGCCUCAUCGGGCCGUGCGUCUACGACAUCGCAGAGCACUUCGUCUUGCGCUGGAACUUCGUGAAACGCGACAAGUACAAGCGCGAUGAGCGCUUCGACUGGCUCGAGCUACGGGGACGUCAGGGUGAGGACGAGGACCUUGUUGGCGUGCAGCGGCCCAAGCAUCCUGUCGGCGACUAUGUCCUACAUCCCCCCUCUCCAAUGGAGACCAAGAACCUGGACAACCGAGGCUCGAUCCAUGCUCAGAUUGUUCGGUCCAGCGCUGAUUGGUCAAGCGGUAUCCUGACGGAUCACUCCAUUCAAAAUGCGUAUUCGGAGAUCAUACGCUCUGCGGACCAUUACGUAUACAUAGAGAACCAGUUCUUCAUCACUGCCACCGGUGACCAGCAAGCCCCGAUCCACAACACCGUCGGCCGGGCCAUAGUGGAUGCUGUGGUCCGUGCCGGAAAGGAGAAUCGCAAGUUCCGCGUCAUCAUCAUGAUUCCUGCUAUCCCAGGAUUUGCAGGUGAUCUCCGCGACGACGCUGCUAUCGGCACGCGUGCCAUCAUGGACUAUCAGUACAAAUCUAUCUGCCGCGGUGAACAUUCCAUAUUUGAGCAGGUCCGCAAGGAGGGUGUGGACCCCACGCAGCACAUCUUCAUCUUCAAUCUUCGCAGCUACGACCGGAUCAACGUGACUCCUUCGGUUAAGAAACAGGAGGAACAGUCAGGCGUCAAGUAUCAAGAUGUCCAGCGUGCCGAGGCCGAAGAGAUCAUGGGGUCUGGUAUCCACGGCUCGACGGAUGUACAUGGAGAAACGGAUACCCACAUGGGCCAGAAGGGCGUAGGACAGUCCCUGAAGGGCCGGGCCGAGGAGAAGGCCCAGCUCAAGGCCGAGGAGCAGAAACCUGUGGAGCAGGAGCACAGUGAGGAUAUAAAGAGGCGGUUCGCAGAUUCAAUGCAGGAAGGCCAGGGCGAAUCCAAGUCAUCCGCUAGCGUGGCGCAUUGCGCCAUGUCAAACACAGGCAAGCUCCUCAGCGAGGUUUGGGAAGGCGAGGAGGAAGAUGAAGUCAACAACUGGAUCCAGGAGGAACUCUACAUCCAUGCCAAGCUUCUCAUAGUGGAUGACCGCAUCGUGGUGUGCGGGUCGAGCAACCUCAACGACCGCAGCCAGCUUGGAUACCACGACAGCGAACUCAGCAUCGUCAUGGAGGACACAAACCGGAUCCCAUCUGUCAUGGACGGGAAGGAGUUUGAGGCAGGGUACCAUGCCGCAACCCUGCGGAGGUACCUGUGGCGGGAGCACCUGGGGCUGCUACCGCCGCAGAUCAAUGAUGCGUCCGACGAUCUAAACGCACGGCCGCCAGGCGAUGGCACCAUGAACGACAUCUGGGACCAGGGUGAGGCGGCCGAAAGCUACAAGUUCGUGGAGGACCCCUUGAGUGACAAGCUGUGGGAGAUGUGGACGGAGCGGGCGACGGUGAACACGAAGAUUUUCCAGCAACUCUUUCAUGCUGAUCCUGAUGACCACGUCAAAACUUUUGAGGAUUAUGAUCUUUUCUUGCCACCAAAGGGUGUCAAGGCUGGCCACAUCUUCGACCGUAUGCAGGACCCCAUCGAGAUCCGCAAGAAGUUGGACAAAGUCAAGGGCCAUCUUGUAUGGAUGCCGCUGGAGUUCUUGAGGGACGCCAACAUGGCAGAGACCGGGCUGCAGGUCAACCAGAUCACGGAGAGUGUUUAUACCUAG